CCGCCGCCGCCUCGGCCGCCAGGAGCCGCCGCAGCCCGCCGAGCAGCAGAGAGUCGCGGCCGCCCCCGGCCCGGCCCGAGCAGCCCCGCGCCGCCGCCCCCGCCCGGCCGCCCCCGCCCCGCCGCUGGAUGCCGGCGGCCGGCGGCCGAGCUCGCAGAGGCGGAGGGCGGCGCGGGCGGCGGCGCGGGCGGCCGGCGGCCGAGCGGCAGGAGCGCGGGCCCGAGCGCUAGCGCCCGCCAUGCCCGGCUCCACCGGCCAGCCGGACGGCGGCGGGGGCGGCGGGCCGGGGGCGGCGACCGGCGGGGACCCCAGCCCGCGCCCCCCGCCCCCGGGCGCCGAGGAGGCCGCGCCCCGGCCGCCGCCCGAGCCCGACGACGCGGCCGCCGCGCUGCGCCUGGCGCUGGACCAGCUGUCCGCGUUGGGGCUGGGGGCCGCCGGCGGCCCGGAGGAAGAGGGGCCGGCGGCGGGCGGCGGGGACGGCGCGGCGGGCGGCGGGGACGGCGGGGAGGCCGAGCCUGCGCCCCCCGACGGCCCCGAGGCCGGCGCGUCCCUGGCUGUGGCGCCCGUCGUGGCCCCUGGCGCGCUGCCGCUGCUGGAGCCCGACGUGAGCCCUCCUCCGCCGCCGCCCCGGCCGUCGCCGCCGGACCUGUUCGCCGGCUUCGCGCCCCAUCCCUCGGCUCUGGGCCCCCCGACGCUGCUGGCCGAGCAGAUGAGCGUGAUCGGCAGCCGCAAGAAGAGCGUGAACAUGACCGAGUGCGUGCCGGUGCCCAGCUCGGAGCAUGUCGCCGAGAUCGUGGGUCGCCAGGGGUGCAAGAUCAAGGCGCUGCGUGCCAAGACGAACACGUACAUCAAAACGCCAGUGCGCGGGGAGGAGCCGGUCUUCAUCGUGACAGGCCGCAAGGAGGACGUGGAGAUGGCUAAGCGGGAGAUCUUGUCAGCAGCCGAGCACUUCUCCAUGAUCCGUGCCACACGGAGCAAGGCGGGUGGGCUGCCCGGCGCCGCCCCCGGUCCACCCAACCUGCCCGGACAGACCACCAUCCAGGUGCGAGUGCCCUACCGCGUGGUGGGGCUGGUGGUGGGGCCCAAGGGCGCCACGAUCAAGCGCAUCCAGCAGCGAACACACACGUACAUCGUGACGCCGGGACGCGACAAGGAGCCGGUGUUCGCUGUGACCGGCAUGCCUGAGAAUGUGGACCGCGCUCGCGAGGAAAUCGAGGCUCACAUCACGCUGCGCACUGGCGCCUUCACGGACGCCGGCCCCGACAGCGACUUCCACGCCAAUGGCACAGAUGUCUGCCUGGACCUGCUGGGGGCCGCCGCCAGCCUCUGGGCCAAGGCCCCCCACCCGGGACGGAGGCCCCCAGCGGCCGCAAGUGGCCUCCGCGGGGACAGUGCCCUGGGCACCCCCAGCACCCCUGAGGCCUUCUACGCGGGCAACCGUGGAGGGCCGCCGGUGCCCGACGCGGGCCCCGCCAGCCCCUAUGGCGGCUCUGGAAAUGGGGGCUUCACUUUCGGCGCGGACGGCGCUGGAGCCCCCACAGGGACGGCCACCCCCGAGGACUGUGACUUUGGUUUUGACUUCCUGGCCCUGGACCUGACUGUGCCCGCGGCGGCCACCAUCUGGGCCCCCUUCGAGCGGGCCGCGCCCCUGCCAGCCUUCAGUGGCUGCGCGGCGGUCAACGGGGCCCCAGCGCCCGCCUCCACGGGUGCGCGGCGCAGCAGUGCGGCGGGCACCCCGCGCCAUUCGCCCACGCUGCCUGAGCCUGGAGGCCUGGGCCUGGAGCUCCCGCUGACGCGGCGCGGCGCCCCCGACCCGGUGGGCGCCCUACCCUGGCGGCCUCCGCAGACCUCCCUGCCACCCUUCUCCAGCAGCGCCAGCUUCUCCACGGCCACCUCACUGCCCAGCAGUGCCUCGGCCUCCUCCGCCCUGGACUCCAGCGCCACGGACAGCAACCGCAAACCUUCCGCCUCUGCGGCCGCUGGGGCCCCAGGCCCACCCGCCGCCGCCCCAGCGCGGGAGUGCGUGGUGUGCGCUGAGGGCGAGGCCAUGGCCGCCCUGGUGCCCUGCGGCCACAACCUCUUCUGCAUGGACUGCGCGGUUCGAAUCUGCGGCAAGAGCGAGCCCGAGUGCCCCGCGUGCCGCACACCGGCCACCCAGGCCAUUCGCGUGGAGACGGCCGGCCGCGGCCCAGCUGCAGCACCGCGCUUCUUGACAAAUGACAGUAUUGAGUGGACAGGUUAAAAUAAAACGGAGAGAAAAGGUCUGCUUGCACUUUUUAUUUAAGACACCCCUCCCAGGGUGGUCCCAACAAAACUGGCCUCACAGCGGCGGCCCUCGCGCUGUCCGGAUCUGACGGUGCGGCGCGCUCCCUGGAGGGCAGGUCUGCGCGCCGCGGGCGGGCGGGCGGGCGGAGGGCGGUCUGGGCGUCUCGCCCAGAGGUUUCUUUUUUUAAUUAUGAAUCCCUGCUGUGGUUCUUGUUGUCAUUUUUUAAAUUUUUAAAAGUUUUUUUUUAACUUUUACUUUUUACCUCUUGUGUAUAUGUAGGGAAUUUAUAGGGAAAUAUGUACUUUAUGGAAUAAAUUUUAAGAACUAAAAAUAUAUUUUAUUUUAAAUGAAGUAAUGGACCUUUAAUCUUACACAGCUAAAUUACUGAUUAUAUAUUUGCUGAGCUGAUUUAAAGGUUAAAAACAUUGUAUCAAGAGUUUUAUUUUUUGACUUCAAAGCCUUCUUAAUAAAGUCUUUUUACUAC